UGAAAAUGCCAGAUGGUCUUUGUGAAGCAAACAUAUACAUUUUAGAGUCAUGAUAGAUUAAACAUCAGUUAUUAACUUAUGGAGCAAAUCGAAUCAAUUAAAAAAUCAAAUUACCAAUCCAUUCUGUCUAGAUGCAAUAUGUGUAUUUUCAGAUUUUUGUCUUGAUAACUGAUAUAUUUACAGUGGUUUCAAAUCUGCAUGCACAACAGUGAAUGGCUUAAUCAAUUUGUGAAGCCACUGUUGAAUUGUCACUUGCCAAUUAGCUCAGCAUGAUAGACCACAGUCUUUGGUUCUAUUGUUGUGGAUUUUAGCCUCAACUGGUGCAAAAGGAACAUUAUAAUGUCAACUUUCUUGCCUUCCUGUUCUCCUGUUUGUUGCUCAGAAUUGCCUUAAUUUGCCAAAAAUUGCCCGGACCCGACCCAUCGCUGCGCAGCAGUUAUAAUUGUGUUUAUUUAGUUUAGUUACACUACUCCCUUCUUCAGGAGGAAAUGACACACAGCAAAGAACUAGCAAGGUGGUCCCUGCAGCAAGGAUAUAACCCCUCUUUCUGGGGCAUCUAAGUGAGCUAUACGACUCACUGGACAAAUGCUUUUGAAAGUUUGUUACAAAUCAGGUGAUCUAGGGAUACAGUUUGAAGUUGUGAGUUCAAGGCCUGGUUGAUGCAGAGUGACCAUGUUAAUGCAUACUGAGGUGAUGUGUGGAUUAGUGACAGACAAUUUAAAACAUAUCAAACACUUAUUUUACAGACAAUUUUACUCAUGUAUUUGUCUCCUCCUCAUACUUUUCCAUGAUCGGCCUCAUCCCAUGGCUGCUGUACCCUGCUGACUGGCUUAGUCGAGUUGUGAAGCUGCAUAUAAGUUCAUUGAUAGACAACGGUCUUUAAUGUCAGAGGCCAAGCCUUAACUGAUGCAAAAAUCACACUGUAAUGCUGACUUUGAGGCUACUACAUCAGGGUUUGUUGAUACUGGGAAUUGAACCCUGAUCUCCCAGGGGAAAGGGCAAGGUUUGGUGUGUUGGGCCAGGGAGCUGGCAUGAUGGUGGCUGUCAUGUGUGAGUUAAGAGCUGGUUGCUCCAUGGAUUGCACCACAUGGUCUGGUCUUUCCUGCCUACAAACCAGGUGUGACAUACCAAUAGUGAUUACUGUGAACAGAACAGAACAAAGAAGAACAGGAGAGAGAACAGAAGAAACUUCCGAGAAUCAAGGCUCAGGAGAGUGAAGAAUGUAGAGAGGAUGAAAGGAGCAUUGAAGCUCAUAUCAAUGAAAUGUCUACAGAGAUGCUUAAGGUACACCCAGAUCUGAACUCUUUAAAGGAGAGAAUGAGACGAACCUAUGCAUACCGAAAGACCUUCAUGGCAACUGCCAAGGCAGAGGAAAUCAUCGAAAAGUUUCCCGCACUGAAGCUUCCUAAAAUACUUCUGUGGGAGAUGAAGGAGCAAUUCCUUGUAGAAGCUGAUCGCAGAAUGGUCACAGAGCUGGAUCGAAUGGCAACGAAGACGGUUCAAAGAGCAUCUAUGUGUGACCUAAAGGACUGCUGCCAGAGGGCAAUCAAUGCCUGCCUGGAUGAUUCAGUAAGACGAGGACUCAUUAGGGAUGCAGCAAUUCUACUGCUGCCUUCCAUUUUCAGAGAGGACUCAUCCUUUCUAUACACUCUACUGGAGGAGCCAAGCGUGCCUACUCCAGCAAUCAUGCUCCAUAACACACACGAGGGGAACCCUUUGCAGGCACAAAGGAUAACCCUAUACCUGGAUGGUAUACAGGUUUUGACUGAGGACAGCAGCAUGGACAUAUCAUAUGCUAUGAGUGCAUUAAUGUCACUCUAUUUUGUUUUUGCUGUCCAGUACCCAAAGGAACUGAGAAAAACUCUUAUUUUCAUUGAAAGAUUUGUGUUGGGGAUCAAGGACCACAAUGUUGUACCCAUUUCAGUGAAGAGACUAUACAACUGUGUCGGAAGUGGGGAGUAGUGAGUAGAUGUGUUGCAGCAUGGGAUUUCAUGCUUUAUGUUCUUGUUAAUGGUCAAAUUCCUGCUGCUGCCCUUUGUUUGUACAUAUUGAUUAAAAAAAUAUCCCUUAUUUAAUACAUAUUUUGGACCAAUACAUUUUGUUUGAUUUUGGCAUAGUGAUGUCUCUAGAUUUCCAUUAUUGUUACAAUACGUAACAUUUUGAGUACUUAUUACAUAACACUGAAAAGUAUUUCAACAUUAUUUAAAUCAAUGUGAAAACUUUGUGGGAUUCCCUCACUUUCUCAUGAUUCUGUUCCACUGUCACAAUUAGUACAUACAGUAUGUACACUGAUUCUUUUCAUUGGACCAUGCAUUAUUUUAUUGUUUGUAGAUAGCUUACAAUAAGGCACAGUAAAUGCAGUAAGUGCACCUUGGAUUGAUUGAACUAAAACUAUUUUGUGUCUCUUUCUGCCAUGUCACCAUUGCUGGAGAUUUAUUUACACAAAUUCACCUACUGAGGACAGCAUGAUGUGUCUGGCCUGUCAUGUUGCUGAUUCCACUGGACCUAUGCUGACUUUUGACCUGUUCUCCCCUGGGACCUACACAGCCUCUCCUGUUUUGUUGGACUAUCUUUAAAUAAAUGUUUUUCUCAUUAAAAUGUUUUGAAUGUUUGUUCAAUGUCAACAUGAUAAAUGACCACAAUAUAAUAUGAACUAAACUGAUCUGUAGAAUACAAUAUGG